AUGUCGGUCACCCUCGCUGAUCUGGCAGAAAAUGUGAAUGUGCUUACUGCCAACUCGACAAGCUCCCACUCCUCCAGCAUAUCCGCUUCUAGUAACACGGUAUCAUGGGAAACCUUUCUGCAACAGUACGCUCGGGGAUUAUUUCCCCCCACCAAAGUGCCAAAAAAGCCGCGCAAUGCCCCUCCUUUCGAAACCGCCUUCCUCCCAGCACCAACUCCACCACCAGAAAUCGAGAGUUUGAGAAGAAAGGCAUUGUACAAGUAUCGAUGGCUGUUGAACGAGAAGCCAGAAGGAGUUGACAGCGUAGUAGAGUUGACCAGGAAGCAUUUUGCGGCGGAGCAUGCCAUUUUGUCAUUUGUCCUUGAAGAUGAGGCAAUGUUCAGAUUAGAGAACACCGAUUUCUGUACAAGCGACAGAAGCAUCUCCAUUUGUUCACACUCUGUGCUGCGACAUGGCAAAGAAGGAAUGGUCAUCCUAGAUACGCACAAGGAUUGGCGGUUUCAACAAAACCCAAAUGUCCUGAAUGCCCCUUUUGUCCGAUUUUACGCCAGCGCUCACCUAAUAACAGCAGAUGGUUUUAAUAUCGGAUCGCUUUGCGUCAUUGACUCAACAUCUCGGGAUGCAUUCAGUGACCAAGAGAUGGAAGAACUUCAAAGGUUUGCCAAUCUGGUCAUGUCUCAGCUUGACGUCUGGGUAUAUAAAAAAGAGGUGGAGGAAAGGGAUAGGCGAGAGGAGGCUUUGGCAGAGUACGCACAAGCUUCCCUAGUUGGCCACGAGCCGAAUUUGCAAGAUGCCUAUCAAUUGGCCUGUUCUUUGAUUGCAAGGAGCUUGGAUGUGGAAUAUGUGUGUAUCCUCGAGCCUGAAGAAAUAGAGAACCAUCUUGGUGGAUAUGGCCCGCUGACGAGCACUGAUCGAAGAGUCGUUGGCUCGAACGAACCAUCGUUGCUGAAUAAAGUCGCUAGCAUGAAUUGCUCUGGGACGUAUGAUCUGGUAACAGCGACAUCCAUGUCUAUAUCAGGAACGGAAUUCCAAUUUCCGCCUGAAAUUCCGGCUGCUGUACCUAGCUUUAUGAACGGUUUGGAUGUUGUGAGCAGUAUCGCCGUCCCUUUGCGACGAGGAGGAGACUCGGAACAUAAUGGAAUAUUGGCGGCGUUUUCCAAGGAUCGGCGCAGACUGUUCGGUGCCUCCCAGAUGCACUUUCUGAAUACCUUUGCAGUGAACAUUACUGCAUUAUUGUUGAAAGUGAAAGCGGAGGCUGCGACGAGGGCAAAAUUAGCCUUCUUGAGUUCUAUCAGUCAUGAACUUCUGAGAACUCCACUUCACGGCCUCCUUGGCGUAUCUGAACUGCUCAGUUCAACCCCUUUAAACGGCUCCCAAGAAGCAUUCGUGUCCACGAUCGAAUCCUGCGGCAAAUCCCUACUCGGGAUCGUUAAUAACGUAUUAGACGUCGCCAAGCGAACUGAAGGACGAAAGGCAUCGCACGUUGAAGAUGUUGAUCUAUAUUCCCUGUUGCAAGAGGUUAUGGAUGCUGUCACAGCUACGGUAAACCCAAAUGUAGAGUUAUUACUGGACAUCAACCUACCGCCCCGUUUGCAGUUUCUGCAAACGGAUCCGAACUCUGUGCGACAGAUUUUAAUGAACCUAGUUGGAAAUGCAUUGAAAUUUACCGAAAAGGGCUACGUGGAGGUGAAAGUGUCGCUCCUUGAUUCAGCAAUUUCGAAUGCAUCCGAAGUUCCAUUACGGUUUGAAGUCUCAGAUACUGGCUGCGGAAUCAGUCCCGCAUUUUUGCCAAAACUGUUCAAACCGUUCAGUCAAGAAAAUCCGUUAAAACAAGGUGCUGGAUUAGGAUUACUGCUCACGCGGUUCAUGGUGGAAAGCAUUGGUGGGACGUUGUCUGUGGCAAGCGAAUUCGGACGUGGGACACGGUUUUAUUUUGAUGUUACCGCUACUGUGCGAGACCCGAUUCAGUCGGAGGGUGCGAGUAUUGUAUCGAGCGCCGUUGAAGAGAUGCAGAAUAAGCUCUGCAGAGUGGAUGUAGGGCAUCUGAGAUUGGCAAACAUCAUCUCUAAAACUCUUUCUCUGUGGGGGGUUAAUAACGAUCGAGGCGAUCAUCUAACGGCAAACGAGACCCAAAAGGUCUAUAUCGUGGACGAACCGUCACGCACGUUGGAUAGAUUGCUGAGCAAGGAAGAGUUGGGCGGACCUACCGAGAUUACACCUGUUCUAUAUGUGACGAGCAUCGCGGAACAUCCAGAAGCUGCACGGUCGAUUCGCUCGCGAUUACUCAAUCCCAACACUAGGGUGGCAAUCAUAACGAAGCCUGUGGGUCCAAUUAAGCUCCUACAGGCAAUUGGAAAGAUCUUAAAAUCACAGACACGUAAACCUCGCAUGAGCAUCAUCACAUAUUCACCUCUGAAGCUGAGAUAUUCUAUGGAAUCUCUGAUUCCGACUACAACCACGGAAGAAGAGGCAGCAGACGUUGAUAUACGAAGCAUUAUGCCAGUCGCUGGAAGGGACCAAGAAGGGCAACUGUCCACCGAUACGGCUCAUCCAGUACCUCUGCGCUGCCUCGUUGCCGAAGAUAAUGCAAUAAACCGAAUGCUCAUAUCGCAAUUCCUGCAUAAAAUGGGAAUAGAGUGCACCAUAGCUCACGAUGGCAAGCAAGCCGUUAGCGUUUUCGCUGAGGCGUGCAAGGCAAAUUCAACGGGCUACCCAACCCCCGAGGGCCCUUCCACUCCCAAACCCAACCCGUUUGACUUUGUUUUGAUGGACAUUAUGAUGCCGAAUAUGGAUGGAAACGAGGCUACGCGAAAUAUUCGUCAACUGGAAAACGACCAGAACUUUGCCCGAUCGGUUAUUAUUGCAUUAACUGGAUUGAGCUCUCAUGAGGACCGGGGAGCGGCGUUUGAGGUUGGAGUGGACACGUUUUUGACUAAACCAGUGGGAAUGAAGGUGUUGAAAGCGACGCUGGAGAAGUAUUUUGAAGGUCGAGUUGGGUGGGCUGGAUAG